AGUUUCGUCGUUUAGGAAUUUUAGAUUAAUUUAUUUCGUUUCGAUUCGAUUCGUUUUCACCUAUUUAUCAGUUUAUUUGGUUUCCAUCAGUUGUCAAAUAUACAAAUAUAUUCACUUAUUCAUACUUAUAAUGUCUGCCUUCAAAGCCGCUUCUACUCCACUUUAUAAACUCUAUCUCAGAAGAGUUCCAGACAUUGCUGUCUGGGCCGGAGGUAUGACUUUCUUCUUAGGAUGGCCUCAUGUUUGGUCUGCCGCUUGUAAUAAAAUCGACGACGUUCCAGAUAUCAAUACCAGUUAUCUUUCUCUUUAAAGAAAUAAAUCCAAAAGUUUAGUUAUAUGAACAACAUCAAGGAUUCUGUUGUAAACAGGAGGGAAAAGUUAGGGACUGCAGCCCUUUAGUCUUUUUUACUCCAUAUUUUAGCUAUUUCCACUUGCUAAUUUCAUUACCUAUUAAACCAACUAUUAUUUUGCUAUGAUUACGACCUACAACUGCUUGCUAUCAGUCUAACUAGCUACCCAAACAAAUUGUCAUGCUUUACUAUGUUAUUAGUUAUUUAUUAUUAUUAUUAAUAUCUUAUAAAAAAAUAUACAAUCAUCAUUUAUA